AAAUGCAGCAGCGUUUGUACGCAUGCGUGGGGUCAGGGUUGACAGUCCCGACACAGUCGUGGAAGGAGUGCGGCGGCUAAGCUAACUGCAACCACCGCAUCUAGCUACAUGUGGAGGGUAAAACGGGAGGCAUCCCCGACCCUAACUCUGUCAAAAUAUCUCCAUUUCACCCAAAACAACUCUAAAGUUCAGCCUCAUCGAAAAUAAGGGAUAUUAUCUGUUUACAAUGAAAGGGUGAGUUUAAGCUUUUGAGUCUCGAAUAAGUAGCUUAGCACGAGUAAAGUUUUUUUCUACAAGGGGAGGAGACGGGGAGGCUAGCUAGCAGGCUAUGCUACUUAUACUAACGAUUGAGGAAAACAGAAAAGCGACGUCAAAUUCGCUGAAACACCCGUGCCGUACAUUUCGUCCUUCAUUUAAGCUGCUUGUCGCUUUAUUUAGGAAGCAAACGGGUGAAGCUAAUUUGCUAUGUGCUGAGUGAAGCUGAGUCAGUAAACCUACUUGAGCUAAGCUAAAAAGGUAGAGACACCGGAUCCUGGAUAAUUCACGUCAAAGUUAGCCAAACUGAACUUUGGUAGGUUAGCCCCAACAUUUUAUCAGGUUACCCGACAAGUUGGUGGCACAGCUCGUUGGUGUGUUAAUAUUACACUUCGAUCAGAGUUUGUAGCAGCGUGUGUACUGUAACCUGACAUGUCAAAGUAAAACUAGCUCUGGGCAGGGGUCCUGGUUCUCAGGUAACAACCAGAUGAUCAUGACUAAACUGCACUUAUGGAUCAGGUCAUGUCUUUCAGACUUUAUUGUUUGUAGCUGGUGCUGUAUGAGCAACACAAAUGAGCAACAGCUGUUAUUUUGGAUGCGUUGUCUCACUUAAAUAUCUAUGUGAUCAUUCUCGCUCUUUCUUGAUUUAUUUUUGUUUCCUAUAAUAGUUAUGAACAUCACAAUUACUGACUGCUAUUUUUAUUGACUCCUAACUAUUCAUAUCCAAAGAGCAGCCAUGUAUCAUCAUAAGUAAUAUUUUAAAAAACUGUUUUAUUUGAUUCACAAAACAUAGAGGUUUUUGUUGUUUUUGAAAAUAUUGAAAGAACUAAAAUUGAUCACAUUAUAUCCAAGAGAUAUGUAAAUCGCCUGAGGUCUGAGCUGUACCUUUCUCAGUUAUUUGACCGUUUUGCUCUUGUUCCAGUAGCCGGAUCGAACUGGGGGAUGUUACACCCCACAACAUUAAACAGCUUAAGCGCCUGAACCAGGUCAUCUUCCCCGUCAGCUACAAUGACAAGUUUUACAAAGACGUACUGGAAGUCGGAGAGCUUGCAAAGCUGGGUAAGACGCACCAUUCAUGUCACAAACAUUAGGACAGGGGUGUCAAACUCAACCACAGCAGUGGCCAUGAUCUGGAUUUAAGUCUAACCUGAGGGCCCAUCAGGGUCAACAUUUAACCCAUACUGUCAGCCUCCUUUUCAUAAUAUAUAUAACAAAAUCAGCAAUGAUUAUAAACCACUUGGGAAUUCAAAAGGUAAAAACGAUCAAUUUCAAGACAAUCUGAGGAAAAAAAAAAAAAAGCAAUAAAACAAACACAAAAAACCCCCAGAUUAGUUCAAAAGAUCAGAACACGAUAUUAAAAAUAAAAAAAUGCUUUUAAAAAACAAAUACAUGAGGAGAAAGUUGAAAUCAUAAGUUUGAAAGCUCAAAAUAUGAGAUCAUUUUGAAGUCGAGUUUUAAGUCAAAAUAUGACGUACAAUUUAAAAUUGGACUCUAAAGGAUUAAAAUGACCUAAAUCAAAAGACUGAGUGGAAAAAAAUCAAAAAACAAAGUAAAAAGUCAAAUCAUGUUUGACUUCUAAUCUUGAGAUGCAAAAUUGGAAAUAUGGAUAAAACAAAAAAAAAAAUUCCCAACAUUUUUUACUCUUUAUUAAGUCUUCGUUACUCUUUACUGUCCCAGAAUUUCAUGGUUUAUUAAGGAUAUUUUAAAUAAUUGUGCUAAAGUUUACAUUAUUAUCCUGGAGGAAAUCUGCAGACCUCAUACUGGUGGGCCAAUGAUAAUACAAAUAUGAUAUGGUCUCGUGGGCCAGAUAUAAUUGUUCCAAGGGCCAGAUUUGGCCCCAGGUCCUUGAGUUUGACAUUUGUGCAUUAGGAUAAGUAAUUUAAGAUCAUGUAAAAAGGUGAUGAUGAAAAUUUUACAAAUAAAUAGGCAUGGAUAUAAUCAGUUUUGUAAUAAUCAACUAGAUGAAUGGCACUUGGUUUACAUACCCGGGUGAGAAAUUAUACUCCUUAACACAGCAAAUGAAAUUGCAUUGUCAUGAAAACUGAAUAUUUCCCUGCUCACCGCAAAAAAGAAGAAUUGCUGAGAGUGAAGAUUUCCAUUUUUCUGGUGGUAAUGAAAACGUAUCUGUUCCUUGUCUUGCAGCCUACUUCAAUGAUAUCGCAGUGGGCGCUGUGUGCUGCAGAGUGGAUCACUCUCAGAACCAAAAGAGACUGUACAUUAUGACACUUGGUUGUCUAGCACCCUAUCGUAGACUUGGAAUUGGUAAGAACCCAGCGUCUUUCUCAGUGCACUCCUUGGUUUCGUGUUCGACUUUCCUCACUGCCUGUUUUUUUUUUCCUCCAGGUACAAAGAUGUUGAAUCACGUGCUUAACAUCUGUGAGAAGGAUGGCACUUUUGACAACAUUUACCUGUGAGUGUUUCCAUUUAGAAGUAACUGUUGCCAUAACUUCUUGCUAAAUUAUUUCAAACAUGUAUCACUUUACUUUUGUUUUUGGAGGCUUUUUUUCUGACUGUUCUGCCACUAAUGAAAGUCCUCUCUUCCUCUCUACAGUCAUGUCCAAAUCAGCAAUGAGUCAGCCAUUCACUUUUACCAAAAGUUUGGCUUUGAGAUCAUUGAAACAAAAAAGAAUUACUACAAGAGGAUAGAGCCUGCAGAUGCCCACGUGUUGCAAAAAAGUCUGCGCAGCCCGUGUGCACCCCCAACUGGAGAGCUUCAGAAAGCAGAGUAGGGGCACAGCGUUUGAGAAGAGCACAGAUGUGCCCGCCUCCACAGAAACAGAACUGUGACAAAUGCCCCAGGGUCGACACAUUCAACACUUUCUUCAAAGGACGCUAAAAAGACAUAAAUGAAUUUAAAGUACAAAAAAUGCUGCAUUUAUUUUGCAAAGGGGUCCCCUUUGAUUUUUGCAUAUUUUACAGCUCCCAUUCCCUUGUUUAGAAAAUUGAAAAUGAGGAAAAACUCAGUAUCAAAAAGUGCUCCUGUAAACAGAAUUGCCAACUACAGACAGUUUUAGACUCGGUGGAGGGGGGAGGGUGUGGUGUUUGCAAUCUUACUUUUUGUGUUCGAGUUAUUUUUAUGCGGUUAUUAAGCUAAAGAGGACAUAUCUAUACAGCUGAGCUGAGGGAGACAGUUCUGAAGCUGUCAAAGGGUUUUCAAAGACCGCCUCUGACACAAAGUUUGAGCUGGUCAGCCUGGAGUUGAUGCGUUGAAUUGUUUGUGGAAGAGUAGUUCUGCCGUGCUCUCGCCUCCUGAAUCCUGGGAUUGAUGGGAAAUGUGUCUGACCAGCCAGUUGAGUUUUCAUUAUCAGAGGGGAAAAGAAGAAAUGUACCAUCACAGUUCAGGUACAAGGAAAGCUGAACGGUUCGGAGGUGGUGGGAAGACUUGGUCACCACUCAGUUUCUGAGUAACUUUAUUUUACUGCCUGCUGGUUUAAUUCCCCUCUGGAUUUUGUUUUUCAGUUUCACAUUAAGAUGGCAAAUGGUUCUGAGGCUUUCAAGGGAUUACUAUAAAGAGUGAAAAACAUUGGAAAUGAGAAACUAAAUAUUUUAUUGAAUGUGUUUCUGCAAAGGGCGGUCACUGAUAUUGGGGAAUGUUUGACUGACAACAGAUUGGCUGUUUAGGAUUAGAUUUGGGCAUUGAAGGUGUGUGUAUGGACAUAUGUCUCUAAAUGCAUGUAAGCAUUUUGAGACAUCUUACCUUCAACACCCUUGGCACCUUAUGUAGCCACCAAGCAGAAAAUGGUUUUCUCAGACUUCCUGCCUCAGUCAACUUCUGUUGUUACCAACACCAUCAUCAAGGUUUUUGAAGCCCUGCAGAUUGUUUGAAACUUUUGGUCUGGUCUUUUGAAAAGUGUUUUACCCUAUGGAAGCUCUGACCCCUCUGCAUGCGGGAGAGUUGUGUCCUCUCCACUGUAGUAUAAGCAUGUUUUUCCUUUCUUUGAAGAAUUUUAUCUUUUCUGGAGCUCUAUAUUGUAAGACUUUUUAACGUCUAAAUAAAGGAAUUACUAUUUGCAGUAAA